UCGUCAUUACGUCGCGAUUUGUGUGUCGCUCCUGUCUUCUUCCGGUCCGUGUGUGUUUCUGCGCCUCGUUGCCGUUUAUAUCCGUGUGGACUUCCCGGCUCGGAUUUCUUUUCCCCUGGGAAUUUCAUUAACUUAGUCUCUUUGGCAAUCAGAAAUGGGCGUUUCUCAAUCACUACCUGCCCUGGCACGUCGUUCCGAGAUAUAAAUUAGAGCCCGAACAGCUCGAGAGUAUCUGAUCCUCAUCAGCUACACGAACAGCUUCUCCUUUCUCCUUGGUCAAGGAAAAUUCUUCUGUUAGCAAUGAAGAAAGAAGUGGCACCAUGUUGGGACCUCGCGGUCACAGUGCUGCGAGCGAAGUUCAGCUCUUCGCUUGACUACUUUUCUCAGUCUGACCUCUACGUGAUCUUGAGAAUGCCCACGGCCUCGGUCGCUACUGUGAGAACUAAAAGCAUUCCAAACUCCAAUUCACCUGAGUGGAACGAGACCUUCCACUUCCGUGUGAACAGCCACGUCAAGAACAUUCUGGAGCUAGACGUAUAUGAUGAGGAUCUCAGGAAAGACGACCUCUGCGUUAGGCUCUUCUUCGACAUCAGCAACCUCACACUGGGAAAGAAGGAGACCAAGGUCUUCAUCACUGAUGAAAAGAAAAAGGAUGAGCUGUGGGUGGAUUUCGAGAUCACAGAGUGCCCUGAAGCAUCUCGAGAAUAUCUCUCCAAUGGAGUUCUUGUGGCGGCUCCGCUUUCCAUCGUGGAGGUGAAGAUUGACAAACUACCACCUGAGGUCGGGAAGAACAUGAUGUUAACAUUACGAGGGGCGUAUAACGAAGAUCAAAUCAUCUCAACUGCUGAGAAAAGCAACCUCAUGCAGACUCUUCGUUACUACAUCAGCAAAGACCUGGAGCCCAAGAUUGAACUUCAAGCGGAUGGGAAGGAGGCAAGUUCCACUUCACCCCCGGUGUCCCCGCUGUCCGCUGAUUCCGCAUCAGAGUUCACCUUCUCGUUUCCCAAAGUUAAGGAUACAGUCAAUUUGCAGGUGAACACAGUAGAGAGCUCCGAGGAGGACAUGAAGGUGCGUCUGGAUUUUGAUAUACCUGCAGAGGAGAAGGCCUUUCUGGAGAAGAGGAGAGAGGUGGUGUCUCGUGCACUGCAGAAAAUCCUCAACCUCAAAUCUCCCCUCCAUCCCAGUAAGGUGCCAACAGUGGCUGUGGUGUGUACAGGAGGUGGCUCCAGGGCCAUGACAGGCAUGUUUGGCUCUCUGAAAGGACUGCAGAGUCUUGGUUUGCUGGAUGCCAUCAGCUACAUCACCUCUUUGUCUGGCUCCACCUGGACUAAUGCGUAUCUAUACAAUGACCCACACUGGUCAGAGAAAGAACUGGAUGAGGCAAUUAAUUCUGUGAAGAAGGAACUCUCUAAGGGUACCAAAACUCUGUUUGGACCCACCCGUCUGCGCUAUUACUACUCCGAGCUGCGGCAGAAACAGAAGGAAGGUCAUAAUAUCUCUCCCAUCGACAUGUGGGGCCUUAUCAUAGAAAACGCUAUUUACGGAAAGAAAAACACAGCUACACUGUCUGACCAGCAGGGGGCGGUCUCUGGGGGGCAGAACCCUCUGCCAAUCUACACAGCUGUCAACAUGAAAAGGGAUGCUGGAGGCUCCCUAAUGUCUGAGUGGUGUGAAUUUACACCAUAUGAGGUGGGAUUCCCCAAAUACGGAGGCUUUGUGCCUUCAGAACAUUUCGGGAGCGAGUAUUACCUCGGUCAUCUGGUUAAGAAACUACCGGAGAUACGAGUCUCGUUCCUUUUGGGCACUUGGAGCAGUGUCUUCUCCGCGAGCCUGAUGCUGCUCUGGAAACACGUGACUGGAUCGAUGCCGUCCUGGACUUCAUGGCUGGGGGAAGAUGCGUCUAGCAUCGAGACAGAUGAUGAUAAAUCAACCCUGGAUACCGUGGUGCUCGGUUCACAGGCUUCGACAAUGAGCAACUUCAUGCACGGGCGUCCCAUGAUCUGCAAAGUGUACAACUUCCUGCGAGGGUUCUUCCUACACAACAAGUACAGCGAACACUCCACCUUUAACACCACGAAAGAGACACACCUGGACGCGUUUCCGAACAGGCUGACCCCCAUGGACCGCACCCUUGACUUGGUAGAUGCUGGAUUUGAAUUCAACUCCGCCUUCCCUCCUGUGCUGAGGCCACACCGAAACGUCAACGUCGUCCUGUCUCUCAGCUUCUCCUGGGAUGAGGAUCAUCUAAAUAUCCUUAAGAAGACUCAGCAAUACUGUGCCGUCCAAGAGCUGCCUUUCCCAAACAUAGACUUCAGCAAGUUUGAUGGUGAGCCCCCGAAGGAAGUGUACGUGUUUGAGGACGAGAAUCCCGACGCUCCGAUAGUGGUCCACUUCCCAUUGGUCAAUAUCACCUUUAAAGAGUUUAAAGCACCUGGAGUGAAAAGACAGGGAAGGGAGGAACUAAAAGCCGGAAAUGUCGACGUGAGCUCUGGAUCUUCUCCAUACACCACAUCAAACCUCACAUACAAUUCCGAGGACUUCCAGAGAUUGGUGGACCUCACCUGUUAUAAUGUCUCCAACAAUCUAGAGAGCAUUGUGUGUGCUCUAGAGAGAGCCCUGAACAGAAAAGAGCUCGCAGGCAAAGAAAAGUAAAAGCACAUUUACCCCCGUAAAAACACUUCAGCAUGUUACGUCAUUUUAUACCUUCUAACGCUAAUAAUCAAGGAUAGCAGUGAUACAUAAUGUUAUAUUCAAAGCAUAAUAAUUGUAGCAGCAACUUGAGCUCUUACGGUUAAGGAAUUGACUGGAGGAUAAAUGAAUGAUCCGGAAAUGUAGCUAAGCUCAACGUAAACUCUCAAUAAGAUAAUAAUAAGAGAAGUCUUUUACUGUAGUCUUUUACAUCACUCAGUGUGUUAUCCUGUUGUAAUCAAAUUACACUGGAAAUGUGACCCAGACGGCUUGAUAAGGAAGUGCAGAAAGAGCUCUCCAACACAUUUCAGUCUCCUUCUGUGAGAAAUGACAUCACUUUUAUAACCAAAAUGAACUUAGUUAAGUAAAGCAUCUGUAUGGGAUUUUUAGUCCUAUAGCUGCAACUCCAAUUAACACCAAAUGAUCUUAAAGCAUGUUUGUUUAAUCCUGUGUUCAAUUCCAUGUCUAUUAUAUUAAGCUGUAUUGUAUUGUAUUUGAGAUUCGAUUCGCUUUGUUUGGAUUUAAACAUCUGCUUCACGCCAGGCGAAAUUCCCGAGUCUGAUC